CACCGCACUCUACAUGUCAUUCUGGUAAAGUCUUGCUAACAUGAAACAGCUCUAGGUCCAGGUUCUGUGACGGCUGCCACCGUGGCCCUGUUUGGACGAUGACUUUUAUCACCACAUUUGAAACACCUGCAAUGAACUACUAAUUCUAUGGGCUGGAGUUUGGUCCCCCUGGAGGAUGGGGAAUAUGAUGCGAGGCGCUAGUGACAGCAGCAAGGUCAACACUGACAACCCUGACAGUGCUCAGAAGGGUUCUGAUGAUGACAUAGUAGUUGUGAUCAACGAUUACCCCUCUAUGGAAAUCAGCGAGCCCAUUUACAAAAUGGGGGAGAAGCUCAGAGUCAUUGCACAGGAAGCUUAUUGGUGGAGAGUUCGCUCUAUUGAUACAAGGAAGGAAAACUAUAUACCCAACAGCCAUGUGGUGAGAGUUUACCAUGGGUGGCUAUUUGAGGGGGUGGGAAGGCAGAAAGCCGAAGAGCUGCUUCUUCUACCUGGAAAUAGAGUGGGAUCGUUUCUGGUGCGAGAAAGCACCGGCGAGAGAGGUCUGUAUUCGCUCUCAGUGAAGCACAGGGCAGUGAAGCACUAUCGAAUCUUCAGACUGGACAACAGCUGGUACUACAUCUCACCGAAGCUCACUUUCCAAUGUCUUGAAGAUAUGAUCAGUCAUUAUUCUGAUUCUGCAGAUGGGCUGUGCUGCACACUCACCACCCCUUGUCUGUCGGGAAAAGCUGAGGCACCAGAAACAAAUCCUGGACCACCACCUGUCGUCAUGCGACACAACUUUGACUGGAGGAAAGUAGACAGGAAACAGUUGGUCAGCACAGAGGGCCACAGCAACAACAUGGUGAGCUACGGUGUGAGGAACAGCAUCGCUGCUUAUUUGUCCUUUUCUGGCCAAGAAGACCCUCAGAAGCAGCGAGGCGAUCGCAGGAAGAAGAAAUCUCGAUCUGUGUAUGUGAUUCCAGAAAGUAGUAAUGCAAACACUGAGUAUGAGGACGACUUUUAGAGACGGCAGCAGCUUGGUUCGAAUGAAUUUAAAAAAUGUUUGAGCAGAAGCCUGCAUAGACUCUCAGAUAUCUACUACAGCUCUGAAACGUCGGCUGAGGAAUCCUCUGGCUCGGCUCUGGUCAGAGUACCUGAAAGUGAGUUGAAGUAACAGCACUUUGAAAUCUUUUAACAGUAAGUUACACUUGUACUCAUGCUUCAAAGACAAACGAAAUAUGUUUUCACAUGAACGUGUGAAUGAGUCAGACGAGUGGAUGCCACACAUGGCUUCAACAAUGACAACAAGCAUUAUUCAAAUAUAAAAUAGUCCAUAGAAAUUGUUGGGAGGAAGUAUCUAGAAUACUAGCACUGGUUCAAACUAUUUCCCUUUGUCAGUUGGAGGUGAAUACUUAUAUGUAUACGAAUAAAUGUUUGCUACUUUUGUUCAUUUUUACCUCAUGAAGUUGACAAGAUUAAUGUUUUCGUUCACAAAAGCUCAUCUAAUUAUGUUGCUAACCCACAAUGAUGUUUUUUUGUGUUCCACCUGUUUCAAUGGUUUAUGAAGGAUUGUCUUUAAUAUAAACAUGUUCAGGACUAGUGUGAUCAACAUUUAAGUCAGAUUGCAACAGAUUAUUUUUUUAGAGUAGGAAAAAAAUGACAUGCUAUAAGUGUUGCAACUCAAGGACCUUGCAUAUAAUGUCUUCAGAGUAUCAUGAUAUGUGUAGAAAAAAAUACCAUGAAUUGCAUUUGCUUAAAAAUAAGAAAGCAACUAUUACACCUAUUGCCGCAAAAAUGAUCUCAUACGUGGAGUAUUACAGAUACAAUAAUGUUAAAAUAUAGAAUAAACGUCUGCUACAUUUGUUAGCAGUGCUCACGAAAAUUUUGUUGUUAUAGUUAAAGUUGUUACAUUUUCUGUCCUACUCUAAGAACCCUAAGAACAGUAUGACAUAUUUUCUUUUUAUGUCAUAUUGUUUUGAAACCAUAACUAUUUUUAAAAAAUCAUAAUUUGAUACCUGUAGUGAAUGUACACAUGUGCAACUAAAGUAGUCUAUUGCAGCAAUGGCCACGUUGUCACAGGUGUCAUGCUAUGCUAUGCAUGACAUCUGUCUGCACUGGUGAAAAUUCACUCAUCCUGGCGUACCAAAUGCUUGAAGUGGCUUCAAGAGGAAGGUUGUUUUACCUACUUUCUGAUUAUCUAGAAAGUAGGUAGCUUAGGUGUUAAUUGUGAAAAAAGGAAAAUAGAAAAACUAGUGUUAUUGUGGACAAAGGUCCUUUAGUGAGCUUGCUCAAUAGCGUGCUGUAAAAUGUAUACUGUUAAAAAGAGCACACAUUUAACAUAUUUAAUGGGUGUGCAAAAUAUCCAUAUUUCAAACACAGGACAAAAUUUAGUGUGCCCAAUAUUUUUAAUAUUUGUAAUAGAUCCACAUAACAAAAAUUAUCUAUAGCCACAUUGACUUGCAUGGCAAGAUCAGAACCAGCAGCUUAGGAAUAUUUUUGUUGUGUUUUUUUUUUUUUUUGGUAAAUGCUAUAAAAUCUGAACCAUUACGACAAUGAAAACAAUUAAAAAUGUUUUACUGAAUCCAUAAAAUUAAGAUAGAUUUUGGGACAACUACUGAAAUGUCUCCCCAAAUGUCAUGUUUUUUUGUUUUUUUUGCUUGUUAUUACUUGCUUGCUCCACCGGAUUGAAAAAAAUUAUGUUUAUGAUUACACCUGCUUUUUCUUUUCUUCUGGUAUGAGGAGACUGAGCUUUUGACUAAAACAAUUAACGUGAUGCAGGUGUUCCUUUAACGUGCAUUUUUAAAGUCAACUGAAGGUAUUAAAAUGGUGUCUUGAAGUCAAGAGAAAGUGUGAAACUGCUGUUCUGCUUUAACUACAAAAAUAAGCCACGUUGCCUUAACACACAUUUUUCCACUAAUUUCUGAAAAGUUAGUCUUAUAAUAUUGGUAUAUGUAUGUAUAGCUUAGUUAUCUUUUAUCUUUUCGACUACAGCUACCUUUGUAUAGUCAUUUAUAUAUUUACUCUCCAUACGGUUAACAUGAAAGUGUGUUGUGCUUCUGUUAAAUACUUUUUAGCUUUUUUAACUAUCUCUUUGAAAUAUAUUUAUGUUUGCUUUAACUGUGCUUGAAAUGGCACAAGUUGCCAAAUGUGGAAAUUACAUUGUUUAGCUUGUGAGGUCAAAUAACAAUAAAAAAACUCACCAUGUGUUACGUGUGUGCUACAAUAAUGUGAAAUUAAAAAUGCCUUGAAACUA